CAACAGCCGCAGCAGCUUGUACUUUUUCAUUUAGAAGCACGUCCGUCGGUGGAGAAUACAGCUGUUUUAACACCAUUUAUACCAAAUAAUUUACAACAUGAAAGGCAAGAAAUACCUCUACGCUCAUAAGUUUGAGGGAAUGCCAAAAGUUACAGAUUUACAACUGGUGGAAGAGGAGCUUCCACCGGUCAAUGAUGGAGAUGUUUUAGUUGAGGUUGAAUGCUUAAGUAUGGACCCUUAUAUGAGACCAUACGCACCACAAAUACUAAAAGAAGGCGAUGUUAUGAUCAAUUUCUUUGUAGCUGGGAAGGUGAUUGAAAGUAAGGAUGAGACAUUGCCUAUUGGAACAAAGGUUGUUGGACCUCUAGGUUGUAGAGCUCAUGCAGUCGUACCAGGAAAACAAUUGACAAAAUUAGACUUUCUUGAUGAUCUAUCAACAUCUGUAGGACUUGGUGCUGCUGGCAUGCCAGGGUUGACUGCUUAUUUUGGUGUUUUGAAUAUUCUCGCUCCAAAAGAAGGAGAGACUCUGUAUGUGAACAGUGCAGCAGGAGCCGUUGGUGCUGUUGUUGGUCAGAUUGCGAAAAUUAAAGGAUGCCGAGUUGUUGGUAGCGCAGGUUCAGAUGAGAAAGUUGCGUAUUGUAAAAGUCUUGGUUUUGAUGAAGUGUUCAAUUAUAAGACAGUUACUUCGGUUGAGGACGCGUUGAAGGCAGCUUGUCCUAAUGGAAUUGACAUGUUCUUUGAAAAUGUCGGUGGUCCUGGGUUUUCAAAAGUAAUCAAACUAUUAAAUAGAUCGGGCCGGGCUGCAGUCUGUGGUGCUAUUUCGACUUACAAUUCAAAAGAACCUGUACUCAUUGAAGAUAUUCUGUGGUCCCUAGUUGCCAAUCGCAUCAAGGUACAAGGAUUUAACGUGGUCCAGUUUGAUACCGAAUGGCCAGAGGCAAGAAAAGAGCUUGUACGAUGGAUCAAGGAGGGUAAAAUAAAAAUUAAGGAGCACAUCACAAAUGGCUUUGAAAAUCUCCCAAAGGCAUUAAUUGAAUUGUUUACAGGAAGCAAUUUUGGAAAGGCUGUUGUAGUAGUUUGAAAUUCAUGAACGCAGUAUCUAAUUAAAAGAUGAAUCAAUAGAUCAGAUGGGUAAUUUUAGUCAACAAAUAAAUAACGAAAAUGUCUCGAUGAUUUCAUUUUUGAAAUGUUGGUCAUUCA